GUCGUUGACUCCACUAUCUCUCUCUACCUCUCUCUCUCUCUCUCUGUGCAUCCUAUUCAAUGUCGGGUAAAGCCCUGAAUCGCAAUCUCAUCUUCUGGCUGUGCUUCCUCGGAAACCCAGCUCUGUGGCACCCAUCCACCGCCGCGUCUCCCGGAGACCGCCGCCUGUACAAUGUCGGAGAUCACGUCCCCUUAUUCGCCAACAAAGUGGGUCCCCUCCACAACCCCAGUGAGACGUACCAAUACUACGACUUGCCAUUUUGCCGUCCAGAUCCAUUAAUCCCGAAGAGGGAAUCUCUUGGUGAAGUUUUGAGUGGUGAUCGUCUCACCAACACUCUGUACAGUUUGAAGUUUGGAGAAGUCAAGACGGGAGUGACUCUCUGUAAGAAAAGACUUUCAAGGGAUGAAGUUGCCAUGUUCAGGGAUGCUGUUAUCAAUGACUUUUACUUCCAAAUGCACUAUGAUGAUCUUCCACUGUGGGGAUUCAUCGGAAAAAUAGAAGACUCGAAUUGGGCACUUGAAGAGAUGAUGCCCAGAUAUUAUCUGUUCAAGCAUAUCAAGUUCGAUGCCUUUUAUAAUGGAAAUCAGAUAAUAGAAAUUCGCGCUUUCGGUCACCCUAAUCAUGUGGUGGACAUAACGGAAGAUGACGAAGUUGACAUGGAGUUCACUUAUUCUGUAUUCUGGAAUACAACCUCAACUCGGUUUGAGGACAGGAUGAACAGAUACUUACAAACUUCGAUGCUUCCUAUCAACAAGCAGAUUCAUUGGUUCUCACUCCUCAAUUCGCUUGUUGUUCUCGUACUCUUGAUGGGAUUGUUUGCGCUGCUAUUCAUGAGACGUCUGAACAAUGACCUAAGAAUGUGCUCAGGUGGAGAUGAAGAAGAAGAUAAGGAGGCUGGGUGGAAAUAUAUUCGCGGCGACGUGUUUAGACUUCCAUCGAACUUGUCCCUAUUAUGUGCCACAUUGGGAUCUGGUAUGCAGAUAUUGACCAUGCUCUGUUUUCUAUUUAUUCUCUCAUUUCUUGGCAUCCUCUACCCUUACAAUCGUGGAGCACUGAGCACAGCUCUCGUAUUGGCAUACACAUUCACAUCUGUUAUUGCAGGUUCCACUGCUGCUUAUUUCCACAAUCAAUUUGCUGAAACUGGAUGGGAAAGGAGCGUCCUGCUAGCUGGGAUACUGUACCCGGGCCCAGUAUUCCUUAUUAUGUCGAUCAUCAACACAAUUUCCAUGGCUUAUCAAUCCACAGUCGCCCUUCCAUUUGGCAGUAUUGUAGUAAUCCUCCUUUUAUACACACUUAUAGCAGUCCCUCUGCUCGCAUUGGGUGGGCUAAUAGGGCAUCGUUUCAGACCUGAGUUUCAAGCCCCUUCUCCAACGAACAAGCAAGCGAGAGGUCUCCCCCUAUUACCUUGGUACAGGAAAGCUCUCUCAGACAUGUUCAUCGGAGGCCUCUUAUCUUUCAGUGCAGUUUUUCUUGAGCUUCACCAGGUUUCGGCAAGCCUCUGGGGAUUUAAGAUUAGUGCUCUGCCAGGAACUUUGUUCAUUACAUUUAUCAUCCUGGUCGUGUUGACUGUAAUUCUGAGCAUCGGUUUGACUUUUACUCAGCUUUCCUCGGAAGACCAUCGGUGGUGGUGGAGAUCUGUGCUGCGUGGUGGGGCGAUGGCCAUUUACAUGUUUGGUUAUUCCAUAUACUUCUAUGCGAAGUCGAAUAUGAGUGGCUUCAUGCAGCUGUCAGUUUUCUUGGGCUACAACGCUCUGAUGAGUUACGCAUUUUUCUUGAUGCUCGGAACAGUUAGUUUCCUCGCUUCAUUUACAUUCAUUCAUCGAAUCUACCAAGCAAUCAAGAGCGAAUGAGCAAUUCUGCUGGCUAACUUCCAUUCAGUUUGGACAAUGCACGUGAACGUUCUCUAUAACAAGAUGGUCUGCUUGUGCAACAUCAAUUGAGGAUUAGUCUCCAUAAGACUCUGCAUUCGUCGUGAAAUUUCCUACAUCAGAUCUGCAAUCCCUCUUAGCGAUGACAUAGGUUGCAUGAAGCAAAUGCAGGAAUACAUCUCAGACAUACGCCGAUCCAGGGCUCCUUUUGUUCUUAAUCCGUGUACUCUUCGAAAAAGUGUAAUUCGUACUACACUUACUAAAUCGUUGCCAAUUUCUGUUUUAUAAUGUUCACAAGCAUAUAUAUUCCUAAGUAUUAAUAAAGUCGAAAUUCGGGUAAA